CAGUCAUGUGACAUGUGACAUUGGUAAUUAAUUAAGGUCUCUAGCUAGCUAGCUAUACAUUUGUUCAGCAAUGGAGUACUUAUUCAAUGUGGAUAAUGGUUACCUGGAGGCUCUAGUGAGAGGGUUUAGGUCUGGCAUACUAACCAGAGCAGACUACAUCAAUCUUGUUCAGUGUGAAACUGUGGAGGAUCUAAAGGUCCAGCUACAAGCCACUGACUAUGGCAACUUUCUUCAGAAUGAGCCCAGCCCCAUUCCUGUUAGUGUGAUUGAUGAAAAGCUGCGUAACCACUUGGUGAUCGAGUUUCACCACAUUCGAAACCAGUGUGUCAAACCCUUGGCUACUUUCUUGGACUAUAUCACGUAUGGGUACAUGAUUGACAACAUCAUUCUGCUCAUCACGGGUACUCUGCAUCAGAGGCAAAUUAGUGAGCUGAGAAAGAAAUGUCACCCUCUGGGAAGUUUUGAGGAGAUGGAAAGUGUCAACAUUGCUGGCACACCUGCUGAACUGUACGAGGCUGUCCUUGUGGACACGCCUAUUGCUUCGUAUUUCAAGACUUGCAUCUCACAGACAGAUCUCGAUGAACUUCAUAUUGAGAUCAUCCGCAACGCUUUGUACAAGGCUUAUCUAGAAGACUUUUACAGGUUCUGCCAAAAUCUUGGAGGCACUACUGCUGAAGUGAUGGGUGACAUACUGAUGUUUGAAGCUGAUAGAAGAGCAUUUAUCAUCACAAUCAAUUCGUUUGGCACUGAGCUUACCAUGGACGACCGGGAGAAGCUCUAUCCUACCUGUGGUAAGCUCUACCCUGAUGGGCUGACCAAACUGGCUAAAUGCGAGGACUACGACCAAGUUAAGGCUGUGGCUGACAGCUACCCGGAGUAUGCUGCAAUUUUCGCUGGUGCUGGAACCAACCCUGGAGAAAAGACGCUAGAGGAUAAGUUCUUUGAGAAAGAGGUUGAGAUCAACAUGCAGUCCUUCAUGCAACAGUUCCAUUUUGGUGUGUUCUACUCAUACAUGCGUCUGAAGGAGCAAGAGUGCAGGAACGUAGUCUGGAUAUCAGAGUGUAUUGCUCAGAGGCACCGGGCUAAGAUUGACAACUACAUACCUAUCUUUUGAGUGUGAUUUAACUAAAUUGUUACUGUUUGUUUGUAUCUAAUAGAACAUUGCUGUUUCAGAGAAAAACAAUGUACAGUAAUUGUGAAGUAGUGCACAAGAAUUAUAACAUGUUCACGUACACACUGUGUUCAAAAGUUUGUACAAUGUUUGUGUGUGCGUCUGUCCAUCCUUGCACAUUGAUAUAAGUCGUUCACUUGAUAA